AUGCCACCAGUGCAGUACUCUCCGAUCAAGCCUGUCUCCAAGAACAAUCCCGUGGUCAAUCCUGAGACGAAUCCGAAUCCAGGAACCAUCUCGGAUCUAGCAGGAGUGACAAUCCCAGCGGUUGUGGAAAAUUCAACGGAAGUUCCGAAUCCACUGGAAGCGAUGAAUCCCUUAGUGCCUGUAGUGCCAGACCCUCCUUCGAAUGCAGGCCACUCAAGCAGUGAAUCAUCCUUCCAUGGAUUUCAUUGGCAGGAACAAGUGGACCGCGGUACCAUGACUAAGCUGAACGGACUUUUCCGCCAACGAAGCCAGGUCGAGCAGAAGGUGGUUCGCAUCCAGUUCACCUUGCGAGACCAAAGACACCUGAGUCUGGCUCAGCUAAACGUCAUUACCGGAAAACUUGCGGCAGCCUACAAGGAGUUCAGCAGGUUCCACAGCGAGAUCAUGGCACUGAUCCCCGACGACGCUGAGGAUGAACAGGAAGAAAUCUACACCGCUUUCGAGGAUCGUCACGAUGCAGCAUCAACCAUAGUCCAAGAGAUGCUUAUAGCGCUCAACCGCAACACACCUCCAGCCGUCGCCACACCUCAUGUAGUGGUCCAGCAGCAACCCCUGAAAGUUCCGAUUCCCACGUUCGACGGGACUUACUCUAGCUGGCCAAAGUUCAAGGCAAUUUUCCAAGACCUGAUGGAAAAUUCUGCCGACUCCGACGCAAUAAAACUAUACCAUCUGGACAAGGCCUUAGUUGGAGCUGCUGCUGGAUCCCUCGACGCCAAAAUCAUAAACGAGGGUAACUACGAGCAAGCUUGGAGAGUGUUGAGUGACCGCUAUGAAAACCAACGGCUCAUCGUCGAAAGUCACCUACGAGGCCUGCUCAACCUGAAGAAGAUGUCCAGCGAAUCAUCCAAGGAGCUGCGCUGUCUGCUCGACGAGGCAAGCGGACAUGUUGAGAGCCUGCGAUACCUCAAGCAAGAACUCACCGGCGUGUCUGAGCACCUGGUCGUGUACCUAAUCACCGCUGCUCUUGACAAGGCUACCCGGAAGGCUUGGGAAUCGACCUUGAAAAGCACCGAACUGCCGAAGUACACUCCAACCAUCGAGUUCCUGAAGUCUCGCUGCCAAGUUCUGGAGAAUUUCGAGUUAUCACAGGUUCCAGAUGUACCAGUUUCUAAGCUGAAGUCCACGCCGUCGUCGCUUAAGCUGCCGCCCCAGAAAAGCAACGCAGCCGUGAGUUCAAAUCCAAGUGACAGUUCCUGCGAUGUUUGCUCCGACCACCACUUCAACUACCAGUGCUCGGAAUUGAAACAGCUGACCGCAGCUCAAAGGGCAGAGAAGAUACGGUCCAUCGGUCUUUGUUUAAAUUGCCUUCGUAAAGGUCACCUGUCGAAACACUGCCCUUCUACCAAAAGCUGUCGGCAAUGCAACAGGAAGCAUCAUACAUUGUUGCAUGAAGAGUCCAACCCGGACGAUACACAGGGAGUUGAAGGUAACGAACCCAAGUCAUCGAACACCACGAGCUCUUCUGUUCCCGUCUCAGCAUCUUCAAAGGUAAGUCCACCUGUGUCCACGACUUGCUCAUGCAGUAAAGCAGCACGAGAAUCGAAAACUGUCCUGUUGCUCACUGCCGUAGUUCACGCUUUUGACAAGCAUGGCAAACCGCAUCCCUGCCGAGUACUGCUAGAUAGUGGAUCGCAAGUGAACUUCGUAACCGAAAGGAUGGCCAAUCUCCUGCAAUUGCCGAAAACGAAAGCUGACGUACCAAUCACGGGAAUUAACGCUCUUCGAAGUCUCGCACGUGAAAAGGUUUCAGUCACGAUUCGCUCUAGGUCAACAGAGUUUCAAGCCUCCAUCGAAUGCCUGGUUACUCCAAAGGUGACACAAUUCAUACCAUCGACCAAGCUUGAUGUGAGCACCUGGAAUCUACCCGACAACCUUCAAUUUGCGGAUCCAAUGUUCCAUACUCCUGACAAGAUCGAUCUACUCAUCGGAGGAGAACUGUUUUUCGAUAUCUUCCAGCCACAUCGUAUCGACUUGGGCGACAAUCUACCCACGCUUCGUAGCACCUAUCUUGGAUGGGUAGUGACAGGUACGAUAAUCACUCCAGAAGUACCAGAAUCAACUGCUCGUCAUUCCAACAUCGCGACGAUUGAAGACGUCGAAAACCUGAUGCAUCGAUUUUGGGAGCUUGAAGAAGUUUCCACCGCUCCCAGUCGCUCACCCGAAGAACAAGCCUGCGAAGAUCAUUUUCUGUCGACUUAUUCACGGGAUACAACUGGGCGAUUUGUUGUGCGACUUCCAUUCAAUCAGGAGGUGGAUCUACUCGACAACUGCCGGGACUUAGCCCUGAAACGGUUCCUGAUGUUGGAGAAGCGGUUUAAGCGCGACCCUGGCCUGCGAGAACAAUACGUCGACUUUCUCCGUGAGUAUGAGUCUCUUGGACAUUGUCAUCAAAUCGAUGAAGCCAACGACCCUCCGUGUGAAGCCACGUACUACAUGCCCCACCAUGCAGUGCUGCGUCCAACGAGUUCCAGCACAAAAUGCCGAGUGGUCUUCGAUGCCAGUGCAAAGUCGAAUCCUACCAAACAAUCCUUGAACGAAGUUCUUCAGGUUGGGCCAGUAGUACAAAGUGACUUGUAUUCGAUCAUGCUGCGUUUCCGAGAAUACCCGUAUGCAUUUUCAGCCGAUAUUUCCAAAAUGUACCGCCAGGUUCUCGUUGCACCAGAGGACCAGCGAUUCCAACGAAUUUUUUGGCGAGAACAUCCAUCGCAACCACUACGGGUGUUGGAGCUAAAUACAGUUACCUAUGGCACAGCAUCAGCACCCUACCUGGCAACACGCUGUCUCAUGCAGCUGGCCGACGACGAAGCAUCCGAUUUUCCGGUCGCCGCAAAGAUCCUGAAGGAAGAUUUCUAUGUAGACGACGCGUUGUCUGGUGCUGAAACGGUGGACGAGCUAAUCGUACGAAAAACUCAAUUGCAAGAGCUUCUUGCCCGCGGUGGAUUCCAAGUGCACAAAUGGUGUUCGAAUUCCGACGAGUUUCUGCAACAUAUUCCACCAGAGGAGCAAGAAAAACAAGUGCCACUCCACGAGUACGGUGUGAACGAAGUAAUAAAGGUCCUAGGAGUGUAUUGGAAUCCCAAGGACGAUCAUUUUCUCAUCGCCAAUACGCCCAUCGAAUCAUCAGCUCUAUCCAAUGUUCCAACGAAACGCACUGUAUACUCGGAGGUUGCGCGUCUGUUUGAUCCCCUUGGACUCUUCUCUCCAGUUAUCGUGGUUGCUAAGAUCUUCAAUCAACAGCUAUGGAAAGUCAAAUCCGACUGGGAUGAGCCACUAGACAAUGAACUUCAACGAAGGUGGCUAAAUAUUCGAAGCGCCUUACCUCAGUUGAACCUUAUCCAAGUUCCAAGGGCGGUCAAGUUUCCCAAUGCAACGUUCUACGAGUUACAUGGAUUCGCCGACGCUUCAAAUGCCGCAUACGGAGCAUGUCUGUACUUGCGAAGUGUGUUCAACGAUGGAUCUGCCAAAGCUAUGUGCUGCACUUCUCCUGACGCGUUUGGUGCAAAAGGUAUUGCCUGCGUUGAAGAUCUCAUUCCAAAAGGUCGUACUAUGGUCCGAUAG